AUGAACUUCCAGGUGACAGGCCUGGGCCUGGACAGGAUGAAGCUGGACAGUCCCCAGUCCUUCCUGGACCAGGAGGAGGCAGAGGAGGCUGAGGACCGGCAACUGCUGGAGCCCGAGGCCUGGACGACCUACACGGAGCGCCGCAACGCGCUGCGUGAGUUCCUGAGCUCCGGCCUGAGCCCCCAGCUGCUCAGGCGCCACCACGCCCGCAUGGAGCUGCUCAGAAAGUGCUCCUACCACAUCGAGAUCCUCCCCAAGCACCUGGCACUGGGCGACCAGAACCCGCUGGUGCUGCCCCACACCGUCUUCCAGCUCAUCGACCCCUGGAAGUUCCAGCGCAUGAAGAAGGUGGGCACUGCCCAGACCAAGAUCCAGCUCCUGCUGCUGGCCGACCUGCUGGAGCAGCUAGACCGGGGCCGCGCGGAGCUGGAUGCCCUGCUCGAGUCUCCCGACCCACGGCCCUUCCUGGCGGGCUGGGCGCGCGUGGAGCAGCGGCUGGUGGACCUGUCCGCCGUCAUGGACAGCUUCCUGGCCAUGAUGGUGCCAGGGCGCCUGCACAUCAAGCACCGCCUGGUGUCCGACAUUGGCGCCACCAAGAUCCCGCACAUCCGGCUCAUGCUCAGCACGAAGACGCCCGUCAUGUUCGACCGCAAGGAGUCGGUGGCUCACCAGGACUGGGUCGCCCUGCGCUGGUUUGUCACCAUCCAGCAGGCGGCGGCCGAGCAGUUCGAGCUGCGGUUCAAGCUGCUGGACCCUCGGACACAGCAGGAGUGCCUGCAGCGAGCCAUCAUCCCCGUGGCCGCCUGCACAUUCGACGUCCACAACCUGCUGCCCAACCGCGUCUACAAGUUCACCAUCAAGAGGGCGGAGAGCUACACGCUGGUGUAUGAGCCCUGGCAGGACAGCCUCACCCUGCAGACCCGGCCCGGGCCCCCCGACGGGCCCGCCCCCGGGCGGCUGGGCAAGCCGGGCCGCCCCUGA